CUUCCCCGCAAUUAUUAUUUUACGUCAUUGAGGCCAAUAAAUACGGGUGAAGACUUCUUAUCCCGCCAUGCUUGCGAAGGAAUCGUCUGAACCUCAUUUCACAGUCAUGUCUUCAACUGCAGUUCGAGUGUGCGCUCUCCUUCUCCUCGUGUUGAUGCUGGAAAACUCGUGGGCAAUGGGACCUUUUCCGGGACUACAAAAGAAAGGUUUCUGCCCUCUCCUGCUGUCUGCUCCCAUUGACAGUGACUCGCUGGGCUUUGAAAGAACAGGCUGUAGGGGUGAUUAUGAGUGUGAAGAUGAUCUAAAAUGCUGUCCAGGUGGAGCUUGCUGUCACUUUUCUUGUAUGAAGCCGCUGGAUAGGCUUACGUUUGGAUAGGCCCGCUGGAUAGGCCUACGUUUGGAUAGGCUCUUUGGGUGCUGAAUCAAACUUCUCUCUGGACAUCAAAGCGCGGAUUCCUUCUAUUAUUAUUAUUAUCAUUCUUAUUAUUAAUAGAUACUCGAACCUGUGUUUUUCACCAUUAUAAAGUUGCAAUAACCAAUUCCUAUACUUAUAACUUGUUUUAAUGCCCUACAGAAAAAUAUGUGUAUGAUUUAUAUCUAAGUCUGUCUUGUAUUGCUCAGGUUGCGACUCUGAACUUCAGUUAUGUUUAUUCAUCUAUCUGCCUUUUGAUAAAUCUCAAAGACCA